AUGACGGACGUCUUCUUGACGUCGACGGCCGGGCUGUCGGCGAAGAGCUCCCUCUUCAUCGCGUGGGGCCAGCUGCUGACCUACGACCUGGCCCUCACGGUGGCCAACGGGACCGAGUCCCUCGACGUGCCUUGCAACGACGCCGACCAAAACGGGGGGAUAGACGUGUGGUGUCCCCUAGGUGCCGCCUCGGAGGAUAUUCCCUUCUCCAGAUCGGACGCCGCGGAGGGAACGGACGGCGUGCGCAGCCCCAUCAACUACGCGUCCUCGUACAUCGACCUGGACUUCGUGUACGGGAGAAGCGCGGAGGAGGCAGAGCUCCUGAGGACCAUGGAAGACGGUUUCAUGAACGUCACGGACAGUGGAGUGCCCUUCCAGAACGAGGACGGAACGUGGCUGGUGGCGCCGGACAUGGGCUUCGAGGGAGACGAGGACAUUUUCCAGGCCUGCCGGGGAUGGACGAUCGCCAUCUUUCAGCACGUGACGCAGAACGACUUCCUCAUCAGGCUUCUCGGCAUCACUCUGACGGACCUGGGCCUCGCCAUGUACCUUGGCAGCGACGACGACUUCACGUCCACAUACGACUCGGAGGGCGCGCACAGGAGAUCGCGUAGAGGGAGGAGGCUCUAUGUUUCUUCGAACGACUACAACACGACGAUCAACGCAGCCGCCGACGCGUUCACCGUCACCGCCGGAGGCGCGGCGUUCGAGUCGGCCCUGCCGGGCACCGUGCGCAUUGUGUCGGACGGGUAUGUCUCAACCGACGACGAUAACGUCGAGCUGAACGUCGCGAGCGCCGACAUGGCCGGGAUCUUCGCGAGAAACAAUGUCGCCGACGUCCUUCGCGGCGCCGUGCUCUCGCCGGCCCUGACGGUGGACGCCUACUACUCCCCCGUGGUGUCCAACCUGUCCCCGCUGUUCAAGCUCCCGGUCGACGGCGUCCAGAGGGGGCGGGACCACGGGCUGCCCUCGUACAACGGUGCCCGAGAGGCGUUCGGCCUGGACCCGGCGACGACGUUCGAGGACGUCUCCGACGAUGCCGACCUGGCCUCGCGCCUGUCCGACGCGUACGGCGGGGACAUCAACGGCCUCGACGCCUUUACGGGGGCGCUGGCGGAGGGGACGCACUCGAGCACGGGGGGCGUGCUGGGGGACCUCCUCGUCGCCGCGUGGUCGGACCAGCUCACCCGCUCCAUCGCGGGGGACAGGUUCUAUCACCUACACGCCCGUUACAUGGAGAACGUGGCCAACACGACGCUCAUGGAUGUCAUAGGCCGCGUCACCAACGCCACGGACCUACCGCUCUCCGUAUUUCAGGCGCCCAGCAUCACCGUCUGCGACGGAGGGUGCGCCGGGGACGGAGACGGCAUCGCCGUAUUGUCGGACAACUUCGAGCUAGAGUGGGAGGAACUGGAGGACGACCAGAUGGCCAUCACGUUCCGGUGCAAGGAUCUCGGGACGUCGGGAUGGAUGGGGGUAGGGUGGGGAGGGCUGACGAUGGAGCUGGCCCAGGAUUUUAUCAUCUGCGAGAUCACCGACGAGAGCACUGCUUCCUGCACAGAUCGUGCUUACACCACCGAGCGCGAGGCACCCCCCCUGGACUCCGCGGGCGAGACCUCCCUUAACUUCACCGACCUCUCCAUGGAGGACGGGUGGACGUCCGUCACCUUCCUGCGAGACCGGGGGGCGUUCGAUGACCAGGACUACGACUUGGGUUCGGACAUCGACAACGCCGCGGACACUCUGAUGAUAUACGCCUACCGAGAGGGGGAGGGUAUCGGGCAGCACCCGAACGGAAACCGCGGGGCCGCCACGGUCAACUUCGCCACCGGCAACGUGGAGGCGGAGUGCGACGACGACGACUUCGUGCUCCUGCACGGGGCCCUGAUGCUUGUCGCGUGGAUGGUGCUGGCACCCGUGGGCAUCUACUACGUCAGGUACCGCAAGGGGGAGAGGGUGAAGUGGGCCGGUUUCGAGUGGUUCGAGAUGCACCAGGAGAUCAUGAUCGUCGCUUCCGAGGCCGUGCUCCCUCUCGGGUUCAACAAGCACUUCCACAUCUGGGCCGGGCGCUUCGCCUACCUGGCCGGCGUGGUGCAGUGCUACCGGGGGCUGGAGCUGGUGUCGAGCGACGACAACCUCGUGCUGUCCGCGGGAGACGGCUUGGACCUCGAGAUCGGGAGCUUCGGCGUGUUCAGGGAUGUCGGCUUCCCGAUAUGGUUCGCGUUAGUCGGCUUGGGCUUCUUGGUCUUGGAGACUCGGAAGCAGUAUCGCAGGUACUUCCGCAAGGGCGCGGCCAACCUGUGCGGGUGCGUCGAGCUCAUCAACGAGGAGUACACGGGAGAGAAGGGGGACGACGGCGAAAAAGUGGAGGACCGGCUCGUGCCUAGGACGGAGGCGCUACCCUUGUACACCGUAGAGGAGUUCAACGACAAGGAAGAGGAGGAAGGAGAUGAGGAGGAGGAGGAGGAGGAAAAAGACAAGAGCGUGAGAAAGGCGGGAGCAGCAGGGGAGGAGACGCAAGCCGCCGCCGGCGGCAAGGAACCUAAUCGGGCUUUCCGCAUCGCCGGGAAGGCGGUAUUGAUGCAGGCGAGGGGGACUGCUGGCCGCACGUUCGACCUGGAAACCAAGGCGGCCAAGGCCAACGAACUCGCUGUCGUUCCCGACGGCCCUUCGGCGCCCUCAGCCGGAGCGGGAGUCACGACGUUCGGUGUGCCCGUGGUCUCGCCUGGUGCUGGUCCCGCGGCGUUGAAGCGGACGUGGUCCAGCAAGAAGCUGCUGCAACGGUUCCACGUCUGCCCCCUUCUGUUCCGCGAGAAGAUGGGCACGGACAGCCCGAUUGGCCGCGGCCUGCUCUUCACCAAGCGACCGACGUACCGCUACAUCUUCUCGUGCCCCGGGCAGGCUCAGGCCCUGGUCGAAACAAUCCACGGGGUUUGCCACUUCCACAUGCCCGGUCAGGUUCCAGGAAAGGGCGUGAUCCAGAGGGCCUACAACGCGUACGCCGUGCGGGUUCAGGGAUUUGUCGACGGCAAGGACGGGAGCGGCAAGGGGGCGACUCCUCCCAGAGUCGUGCCCGCGCAGGAGACCUCGGAGGGGGUGCUGUGCAUUGAGAUGAGGAUCCGGCUUUACCACGACGGGGCCAUGAGCCAACUUCUGGAGAAACUGUCGAAGGACACGGACAAUCCGGCGAUCCAGCUGCAGGGCCCCUUCAUCAUCACCAAGCUCGUGCCGCCGCCCGCCCACCGCAACGUCGUCAUGAUCGCCGCCGGCACCGGCGUCAAUCCGAUGGUGCAACAAAUUCGAGACUACCUCGCCCUUCCCAGGGACCAGGCUCACUCUACAAGGUCCCGGCUGUGCCUGAUCUGGCAGAGCAUGAGUGAGGCGGAGCUAUACGGGUCAGAAGAGAUUACGGAGAUGCAGGCCAAGAGCAAGGGCCUUCUGGAAGUGAUUGUUCUCGUGAGCGGGGACCAGAGGCGUCGUAACGUUCCCGGGGCAGCUUUCCGCAGGGGCAAGAAGAUGAUGAGCAAGGCAAUGGCGAUGGUCUCCCCCGUUAGCAGCUCUCCGAGCAGCUCGGUCAUCGCCAUGCCAGCCGGGAGGCCUCCCAAGGUCUACGAUAUGAGCCCGAACCGUCCGGAUGAUGAAGAACGUUCCUCGGGAGGCAUUGCUGGGCACAAACGUGGCAGGCGGAGAUCUGAUCAGGUGGUGGUUUCCGGUCCGAGCGUGUUCGUGUUCUACGUGGAGACUAUCCUGGCAGAGAUGGGAGUGCCUUCCGAAGCAAUCGUCUUCCUCGACUAACGAGUGACCUUAAACCGGCCGGGUUGCUGUUGUAGUGGACGAGUUUUUAAUUUUUUUGGUAUCGUAAUGUGAUUUGAAUGCGACGCUGUAUCGCGCUGAGGGCGAUGUUGUUAAUAGUAGGUGGGAGCGUUUUUGUCGUUUUGUUGUCAUUGUUCUCUUUUUGCUAUGUUUGGGAAGAACCCGAUAUCACAGUGCUGUUUGGUGUCAUUUUUUGUUCCAAGUGUUUUUUUAUUGUGGUGCUGUGGAGCUCCGUCUUCGUUCGGCAAUAAUAAAUUAGAUGUCAUCGUCGCUUUAUUUCUCUUCACACUUUUUUGCGUUGAUUCUGUGUUUUUUGUGUUCGCCUGUCCAAGCCGUCUUCGGCCGUUUUUCUGGGCGCUGCUGGCAAAUAUUUUGAAGCGGUAGCUCUGUCUUCGCGGUGUUUAUUUUGUUCAUGUUUAGUAUACGCCAUCUUUUGUUAUUUUUGUCGGUAUUCUUGCUUUUGGGUUUUAGUCCUUCGUUUUUCAUCAUUCCUUCGUGUUCAGGACGUCGCAGCAUGUACUUGUGAUGCAGCGGGUGGCAUGCACGUUGGCGUGUGUGCUUUUGUUUUCACGCGGGCGACGAGGGUCGGGUGCAUUCGUUCCUCCUGUACAUCUACAAAACGAGGAACUUCUUCAUGCGUGCAUUUGUCUGGCACCAAUAGCGAUGCUCUGUAUCAGGAGAACGUGGAUUUCCCCUUCGGGAGUCCGUUUGCAUCUAUCCUUGACUUAGUCUUGGGUA